CUCUGUUUGUCACACACCAUGUUGCAGAUACUUAUCAUCCUGCUGUUUCAGACAGUAUUUGUUUUUGGAUGUGGCACACCUGCUGUCAAGCCUGACACAAACAGGAUUGUAAAUGGAGUAGAUGCUCGUCCUCAUAGCUGGCCUUGGCAGAUUUCCCUUCAAGUAAAGCAUGGCAGCCGUUACCAUCACACUUGUGGAGGAACUCUGAUUGGGCCUCGCUGGGUGUUGACUGCUGGACACUGCAUCUGGCCUGGAGAUGUGUACCGUGUGCUCAUAGGUGAACAUGACAUGAGCGUGGGGGAGGGCACGGAACAGAUUCAUGAAAUCCUGCGCAUCGUGGUCCAUCCUGACUGGGACAUUGACCAUGUGGCUAAAGGCAACGAUCUCACCCUUCUAAAACUGGAUAAGAGCCCCAUCAUGAACGACAGCGUCGGCGUGGCUUGUCUCCCACAGGCAGGAGAGAUCCUCGCCCAUGGAACCCCAUGUUACAUCACCGGCUGGGGCAACCUUUACACUCACGGCCCCAUGCCAGAUAAACUGCAGCAGGCCUUGCUACCUGUGGUGGAGUACAGCGAGUGCAGCCGUAGCGACUGGUGGGGCAAUGUUGUGAAGACCACCAUGGUGUGUGCCGGAGGGGACAUCGUAUCAGGAUGCAACGGAGACUCCGGGGGUCCUCUGAACUGUUUGGGUCAGGAUGGUAGGUGGUACAUCCAGGGUGUAACCAGCUUUGUUUCUUCAAGCAUCUGCAAUGAAGUAAAGAAACCCACUGUCUUCACUCGUACGUCUGCCUUCACCGAGUGGAUCAGUGAGGUCAUGCUUCAUUACUGAGGAUUUCAUGGAUGGCAGAAAAAAUAAUGAGAUCCCAGGUCAAUUUGUGUUUGUUCAUGUUUUCAUAUCAGGUUCAGGAACAGUUACUGUCAGCUGUAUUUCAAAAAUAAAAAACUGGACAUGAAAAACUUUAAA